CCCCCCAGCCUCGGGAAGCAGAGACUUUUCCCCCUGUAUCAGUAUGGUAACGUGGACUCAGGGUAGAUGCUAGAAUCAAGUGGGCUAAGGGACCUUUUCCGUAAGGGGGAGGAGUUACGACGCAAGCGGGAGGAGCUAGGCCAGCGGGAUAGUUCCUCUACUAUCCACGCCACCAACUAUUACCUUUAGUAAUUAGGUGGUGAGCGAAGCGGAGCGGAGCGAGCCACCGUGCCCGAAGCGUGGCGAGCCCGCAAGGGUACUUUUCGGGUACCCUGUUCGCCCGUAGCUCCUCCCCCUGGUGACGUAGCUCCUCCCCUCAAUACGUCACAAGGUCCCUUCAGCCCCUCCGUUAUAGAACCAACCGUGGACUCAGUGACCGCACUCCCCGUAUAGACUAUACAGCCGCCGCACUGCAUCCUGGCAGUUGGAGUUCCCGCACACUUGUCUUGCAGACCAUUUAGCUGUGAGGAACCAGAGACCCUUUAAUAGAAGUCACGUAAAUGAUGUCACGGAAGAUGGACAAGGACAGGAGUCAUUUGACUGAAAGGAUAUUAAACCUCACUGUGGAGAUCAUCCAGCUGCUGACAGGAAAGGAUCACACAGUAGUGAGGAAGACAUCUGGGAAGUGUGAGACACCCAGCAGCCAUCCCUGUGUGUCAGGAGGACUAAGCAGGACCCAGAUCCCCAUCACGGUGCCUCCACCUCGCUCACUGACACAUGAGAGGCACAAUGACCAGAAGAUCCUGGAGCUCACCAACAAGAUCAUUCAGCUGCUGACUGGAGAGGUUCCUAUAAGGUGUGAGGACGUCGCUGUCUAUCUCUCCAUGGAGGAGUGGGAGUAUAUAGAGGAACACAGGGGCCUGUACAAGGACGUGAUGAUGGAGAAUCACCAGGCAUUGAAGAUGAAUAUGACUGAGAGGAUAAUAAAUCUCUUCCUGGACAUCAUCUGUCUGCUGACUGGAGAGGAUCACACAGUAGUGAAGGGAACAUCUGGAGAGUGUGAGACACCCAGCAGCCAUCACCGUGUGUCAGGAGGACUGAGCAGGACCCAGAGCCCCAUCCCGGUGCCUCCACCUCACUCACUGAUACAUGAGAGGCACAAUCACCAGAAGAUACUAGAACUCACUAACAAGAUCAUUCAGCUGCUGACUGGAGAGGUUCCUAUAAGGUGUGACGAUGUGACCGUCUAUUUCUCCAUGGAGGAGUGGGAGUAUAUAGAGGAACACAGGGGUCUGUACAAGGACGUGAUGAUGGAGAAUCACCGGCCCCUCACAUCACUGGAUGGGGCCAGUAACAGGAAUACCCCAGAGAGAUGUCCACGUCCACUUUAUUCCCAGGAUCAUACAGAGGAGAAUCACAGUGUCCUACAGGAGGGUCAGAUUGAAGAACUUGUUAACGUAGAAGAUAUAAAGAGAGAAGAAGAGACGUAUGUGAUGGGUGAUCAGCUGUGUAAGGAGGUGGAAAUCCCUACAGGUAUCAGCACAGAUUCCUCUAAAGAUCCAUCUACUGAUAUAAAGGAGGAAUCAGUCUCAUGUGAUGGAGACCUCACACACAUUGACAUGUAUACAGCCGCAGAUCAUACACAGAAAAUAUCUACUCAUAUUAAAAGCAACUGCAUUACAAAUGCGUCUUGCUCUGGAUGUGAAAAAUGUUUUACUCUUAAUUCAGAUCUUGUUAAACAUCAGAGAAUUCAUACAGCUAAGAGACCGUUUUCUUGCUCGGAAUGUGGGAAAUGUUUUACAUGUAAAUCAAAACUUGUUAUACAUCAGAGAAGUCACACAGGUGAGAGACCAUUUUCUUGCUCGGAAUGCGGGAAAGGGUUUAGAUAUAAUUCAGAACUUGUUAGACAUCAGAGAAUUCAUACAGCUAAGAGACCGUUUUCUUGCUCGGAAUGUGGGAAAUGUUUUACAUGUAAAUCAGAACUUGUUAGACAUCAGAGAAGUCACACAGGUGAGAGACCAUAUUCCUGCUCUGAAUGUGAGAAAUGUUUUGGUCGGAAAUCAGAACUUUUUCAACAUCAGAGACGUCACACAGGUGAGAGACUAUAUUCUUGCUCGGAAUGUGAUAAAGAGUGUAGAAGUAAUACAGAUCUUGUUGAACAUCAGAGAAGCCAUACCGGAGAGAAACCAUUUUCCUGCUCUGAUUGUGGGAAAUCUUUUACACGGAAAUCAGAUUUUGUUCGACAUCAGAAAAGUCACACAGGGCAGAGACCAUAUUCCUGCUCUGAGUGUGGGAAAUGUUUUACACGCCAUCCACAUCUUGUUAGACAUCAGAGUCUUCACACCGGAGAGAGACCGUAUUCUUGCUCGGAAUGUGGGAAAUGCUUUAUACGUAAUUCUCAACUUGUUGUACAUCAGAGACUUCACACCGGAGAGAGACCAUAUUCCUGCUCUGAAUGUGGGGAAGGGUGUAGAAGUUUUCCAGAGCUUGUUAGGCAUCAGAGAAUUCAUACAGGUGAGAGACCAUUUUCUUGCUCAGAAUGUGGGAAAGGGUUUGAAGAAAAUGCACUACUUGUUAGACAUCAGAUGAUUCACACAGGAGCAUACCCAUAUUCCUGCUCUGAAUGUGAGAAAGGUUUUUCAAUUAAAUCAGAACUUGUUAGACAUCAGAGACGUCACACAGAUGAGAGACCGUAUUCUUGCUCGGAAUGUGGGAAAGGGUUUAGAAGUAAAGCAGAACUUGUUAUACAUCAGAGAAGUCACACAGAUGAGAGACCGUAUUCUUGCUCGGAAUGUGGGAAAGGGUUUAAAAGUAAUGCAGUACUUGUUAUACAUCAGAGACGUCACACAGGAGAGAGACCGCAUUCUUGCUCAGAAUGUGGGAAAGGGUUUAGAAGUAAUGCAGUACUUGUUAUACAUCAGAGACGUCACACCGGAGAGAGACCGUAUUCUUGCUCAGAAUGUGGGAAAGGGUUUAAAAGUAAUGCAGAACUUGUUAUACAUCAGAGACGUCACACCGGAGAGAGACCGUAUUCUUGCUCUGAAUGCGGGAAAUGCUUUACAUGCAAUUCACAACUUACUAAACAUCAGAAAAGUCACACAGGAGUGAACCCAUGAUAUAGGUCUGAGUGUAAGGAGAGGGAGUUAUAGUAAGCCAGAACUUUUACACGAGUGCGGUCACCCAGGAGCAUACUCAUAUUUCAUUCUCUGUGUAAGAAAUGUUUUACAUGUUUAUGUUCUGCACCGCAGAAUGUGUGAUUAUUACUAAUAAUAAUAACAAGUAUUUCUCAUACGUCCUAGAGGAUACUGGG